GACACUUGGCCAGGAAAAUUUGCGCCUUAACCCAAGUGAAAUCUAAGCCGCCCGGAAAAGAGGGAAAAUUGCAACAAUCGCUCAGGAGCAGUACAUUAUCCGUAAGAUCCGACGAGGGAGUGGCAAGUGGAGCACUAGCGGGUGGCAUUCUAUUUAGGUUGUCUGCUGAAUGUCCUUCUGGCGUUGGUUGUGGCUGGCCCUAAAAAUGAUAUACCAGCUGAUGUGCUGCUCGGUGAGCCUGAUCCUCUUCUGCUUCAACGUUUUCUGGCUCUUCUGCAACCUGGCCAUCCCGUGGUGCACUCUGACCCUAAUCGUCGUCUGCAUCGCCUCCAAGUUCGUCAAGCUACAGCGGAGUCCCAACGAGAAGCGGCUCCUUAGCCUUUUGAGCACUCCGGAGGAAUGGCCCAGUUACUGGCCCAUCGCCAACCGGGCGGCCGGCUUCGAUGCACCCGAGAACUCCAAGGCAGCGAUUAAGAAGUGCCUCGCACGUGGAUAUCGGAACGUGCUUCUCGAUGCCGGCCUCACGUCCUGCGGCGAAAUUGUCGUGGCCAACCCCAAAAAGAUAAAUGUGGCCCAACAGCCGCUGGCGGAGUUGCAAAAGCUAAACAUCGCGGAGCAGCAUCCCAUGGGGUCGCAUUUCGAGGCGGAAUCGGUGGCCUCCCUGAGGCAAUUAUCGGACUUCCUGGAAGCAGAGGCCGCACAGACCACAGUGUUUCUACGACUGCACGACAACAGCGCCAGGAUGAUUGACCAGCUGCAGAAGUUUAUGACCGCCGACGAGACAUUCACUCAGCGCACAGUUGUCAUUAGUCGCUCACCACUGGCCAUUUACCAGCUCCGGAAGCUGAAGCCAGAAAUCGUUUGCGGACUUUGGCACGAAACCUACUUGUCACUUGCGAUCCUCAAAUCCUCUACACUUAUUACCUCAAUCUAUGGCGCUGUUUUGCGCAACAUCAUUGUUCCCGUGAUCGGAAUAAGCGUGGUCUUUCUCAGCAAAGAUGAGAUUAACUUCCACAUUGCCGAUCUGUGGCGCAACGUUGGUGUCCGUCCAAUAGUCUAUAUGGUGAACUCACCCAACGAGAAGCGCUAUUUCCAAAAGACUAUGAAAAUUCAGUAUCUAACAGACUCGCUGCGAUCAGAACCGCACCUCCUUAUGAAGGCCUAAGCAGAUCUUGAGGAUUUCAACGAACAAAAACGACUUAGAUCGACGCACACAAUUACACAAACUGUUUGCAUUUAGCUGGCAGAGCUUAGCCUUUAAGAAUAACGUAUGUACGCAUGUGUUUUGUAGAAGCUUUAGAAAGUAUUAUCCCAAGUUUACCAGCACCAGUGAGAUCGAAGAUAUAGUUUAGAUAAGUUGUGUGCUUUACUUUUGGUUAGCUAAAGUUUUGUAUUAUUUUUAUCGACGUCCCGAUUUAUUUAUUUUGUUAUUUAUGAAUUUAAUUUGUUUACCGAUUAUACUGCUUUAUUUUAUACGAAAAUGUUCUUAAAGUGCGUAUAGGCUUACUCGAUGUACAAUAUUUCUCAACUUAGGUACUCAACACAACCGUACGCCUUAUAUGGCGUAUGAUUUUUGUAAGUGCUAUAUAUAUACAUACACCCAGCUUUUCUAUGAUUCCCUUGUUACCCAAAUCCCGAAAGUACUCAAUCAAAAACCCAAAAAUGUUUACCAGCGUUAGAUAUACGUCUAUACCAAAAAACUACAUUUUAUUAUGAUGAUAAUAGGAAAUAAAGAUUAUUGCAACGAUUGAUUUAAACUGA